UGUGUUCUGCUCUCCAUCCACUUCUUCAUACUUCAACGUGCAGGGCAUUUGUAUUAUUUCAAAGAGCUGUGCUCAAGACUUUUUACGUUCUUUCAUCCAUAUACUCCUACGAGCUUGACGCUUAACCUUCCCUUCUUUCACCAUGAAGAAUUUCGGAUCCAUUCUCACAUUCCUUGCCGUCUCGGCCACGCUCGUUUCCGCUCGUGCCUUGCCUAUUGAGGGUGAUGCUAUCGAAGCUAGAGCUCCAUAUCCUCUCGUAGACGAGAUCAUUGCUCGUUCGCCAAAGAAGGCCAAGGCUGCAGCGAACUCCACUGCAGACGCAAGUGUCGCUGCCACCAGUGCAACUGCGAAGAAAGGCAAGGCUGCUCAAGCAGCAGCAGCAGCAUCAAACAGCACUGCUGCAGCCACGGGAAAAGCUGCAAAGGCAGGAAAGGCGGCUAAAGGAGCUGCUAACGCUGCUUCCAACUCUACCGCCGUGGCUGCUGCCUCAAACUCGACAGUCGCCGAUACUGGCAAGAAAGCAGGAAAGGCUUCCCAAGCAGCAAGUGCAGAUGCAAACAGCGCUGCUGCGGGCUCCAGCUCCGCAGCUUCACAACUCGAGAGCAUUGUUCAAGGCCUGACUGGCCUUGAUCUCGGAUCUCUCGGACUCCGAGACCUCCCCAAGCUUGAGUCAAGAAAGAAGAAGAAUGGAACUGCCAAUGCUGCUGCUGUAGCUGGAAGCGCUGCCGCUACUGGAAAAGCUGUAAGGAUAACCAACUCAUGUGAUUAACCAGAUACUGACAAUCUCACAGGCAAAGGUCAAGGGAGCUGCCAAAGCCACUGGCGCCGCUGUAGCUGCCGUUGCUGCCACCCCAGCUGCAAAGGCUGCUAAAGC